AUGUUCCGAUUGAUUAAACCCCGGUUGACGAGUACGUGGACAACAAAUGUACGGGCGAGAUCAGGACCUGGCCGUUUUGCUGCGAAUCCAUUAUCUAUGCGCAGCAAUGCUCCGAGAUACGCAGGAACGGCGUCAAAUCCACAUGUGGUUCGCUUCCGGAAAUCACCCAUUAGAAUGAGAAACGUCGCCAUCAGCUUUAUGGUGGUAUAUGUCUGCUUUGAAGUUUACACCAGACUAGUUCUCGGUCCCUUAGACAAGGCUGCUGAGGAGGCAUCGAAACACAUACCGGAGGAGGAGUGGCAAGAGGCCGAACCACCAUUAUUUAUACCCUUCCUUGGCACCACGAAACAGCUGCCUACUAUUCCUUAUAAAGGAACUGAUCCAGAAUUCCAAGAGUUCAUCAAGAUUAGCCAGGAUACAAAGCUUAUGAAUAAAAUUAGGGUUGACUUGGCGGACAUGAUGCGGGAUGUUGCUUGCAAUAGUCUGGUCGUUGUACUUACUGGAAAGAAUCUAAAAAGCAGAAGGAUUUGGCUCGAUAUUGACUUUCCUUCAAUUCCUCCACCGUCAUUCGAAAGAUCAGGUAUCGAAAUUUCUGACGAUGCAAUAUCCUGGGUCACACAGCCCGUCGAUCACCGAUUAGUAUACAAAAUCCGAAAUGUUUUAUGGCCAACUGUUGUUUUUCAAUCCUCAUGGAGUUUUAUAAAAGUCCUGGCUGCAGAGGAAUUAAGAAAUAUAGCAGGAAUACUUGGCCUGGGAGUUCAAACGAGUCCUGAUCAACAAUCACUGGAGCAGUUUUUAACGUUACAAAGAACGAUGAAGGGGUUGAAAGGACAACAAAAGGUACCAGGGGGUGUUCAAGGGCCACUAGAUGCGAAGGAUGAGCCAUCACAACAGCAUCUGGAUGACAAAAGUAAAGAAAUUAGGGACAUUACAGGACCCGGAAAAUCAACCGUGAAAGAGGAGAUUUUCCCUGCACUUGUAAACAAUAUCAGGGACAUCCACGCAGGGUUUGCAAAACCCUUCAUGGCAUUCAAAUACAAAUACGUCGAGGCCAGCAGGGGGUUGUGGCCAACUCAAAACCUUCAUCCAAGGGGUUCUAUUAAAGUAUCUGGAUUUGUCGAACUGGAAUCUGACAGGGCUUUCGUGGUCUUUGAUGUCAUCGCAGCUUGGGAUCCUAAAAAGAAGGAGUUUGACGCUGCAAGUAUGCAAGUUAAAAUGAGAAGAGUGCAAAGGAAAAAACAAAGACCUAUUGGAUUACCACGAGGCCCAGUCAGCUGA